AGGGGAAGGUCUGAAAUUAGGGAUUUGUCUGAAAGCUGGCCGCUUUCGGCUAAUCCAAGAACACUGUGUUUGUCCCUUCCCCUUCGCCUGCCCUUCCUCACACGACGAUCUGAGCGUCUGAAAUGUCGUUCCUUUUCCCUCUCUGAGAGAUUUUUGUCCGACAGAAGACAGAUGACGAACUAACGAUCUAGCUUGGCUUCUCCUAGGAAAAAAAGGGGCAAAAUCAAGGAGGGUUUCUCUCCGAGAGAGCGGCAUGGAAGGAGCGGAUGUCGAGCUAGAGAGAAGAGGCAAGUUCCUGAGCAGCUUGAUACAGAAGAAGAAGGCCAAGGAGCAGCAGGAGCAUAGCGAUCGGCCCAGUGUCCGAGUCAGGGCUUCGGACAUGCCUCUCGCUCUCCAGAACAGGGCCUUCAGGUCCGCCCGUGACCAUUUGGACGCCAUGGCCGGAAAGCUCGACAGCAAACGCCUCGCUCUCGCCCUCAAAAAGGAAUUCGAUUCUGAAUAUGGGCCGGCAUGGCAUUGCAUCGUCGGGACCAACUUUGGUUCAUACGUCACUCAUUCAACAGGAGGAUUCUUGUACUUUCAGAUUGGAAAGGUUUACGUCCUUCUCUUCAAGACCAGGGUGGAGCCCUUAGACCGCCGGUGAUACGCCAUCUGAAUCCAGACAACUGCAAUAUAUCCAUAUAGCACCGAGAUCUCUCUCCCUCCAGAGCAAAGAACAGAAAAGAGGGGAGAUGCAGCUAAGAAAAGGGUUGUGUUCUUUGUGUGUAAAGGCCGCAUCUUUUACUGUAUUUGUUGCUGUGGUCGCCUUCUUCUCCUUCUGAUGAUGAUGAUGAUGAUGGGAGACAGGCAGUAAGACAUUUGUAGUUUGUGUCGGUUCUAUAAAGAUUGGCCUUUUUUGUGUGUGUUUUGUAGUAGCUGGCUGUAUGUAUGAAGGAGUUACGGGUUAUCUUGGAGCAACAUUUGUUUUUCCUUCCAAAGUUUA